AUGGAGAGAAACAUUCCGGUGAGAAAGCCGCACACAUCCACCGCAGAUCUACUUACUUGGUCGGAAGUUCCACCGCCGGAUUCUCCUUCCUCCGCUCCUCGCUCCGCCGUCCGCUCCCACCAGCCGUCGGAUGGGAUUAGCAAAGUUGUCUUUGGUGGUCAAGUGACUGAUGAAGAAGUCGAGAGCUUGAACAAAAGGAAACCAUGCUCAGAACAUAAAAUGAAGGAGAUAACAGGAAGUGGAAUCUUUACCCGUAACGAAGAAGAUGAUGCAUCGGAGCUCUCUACUGUCCCAAACAGCCGCAUGUAUCAGCAAGCACUUAGUGGUAUAAGCCAUAUAUCAUUUGGUGAAGAAGAGGACUUAUCUCCUAAAAAGCCAAUUACUUUACCUGAAGCUGCGAAACAGCGAGAGCUGAGCGGGACAUUGAUGGAGAACGAAUCAGCUUCAAAGCUGAAGAAGCAGCUCUCUGAUGCUAAGUACAAAGAGAUCACUGGACAGAACAUCUUCGCACCACCGCCUGAGAUCAAACCUCGACCUGGAACAACUCGAGCUUUGGCUUUGAAAGACAAUUUCAACCUCGGAGCUGGUUCUCGAACCUCAGGUGAAGAAGACUCGUCUGUGAAGACGGCGAAGAAGAUUUACGACAAGAAAUUCGCGGAGCUUUCAGGGAACGAUAUAUUCAAGGGAGAUGCGACGUCGUCUUCUUUGGAGAAGCAUCUGAGUCAAGCGAAGCUCAAGGAGAUAGGAGGGAACAACAUAUUCGCUGAUGGGAAGGUUGAGUCCAGAGACUAUCUCGGCGGUGUUCGGAAGCCGCCCGGUGGCGAGACAAGCAUCGCUCUCGUUUGA